AAAGUGACUGCCUGAAAGGCAACAUUGUCUGAGUCGCCAUUGAGAGCGAGCGCAUAUUUGAUAUUGUAGAAAUUAUUGUUCGUAGGCUAACCAGUGUUUACAGUUGAGACGAGGAGAAAAGGACAACACUACAUAACACGGCUUUAGGGCAAAUAGACGUAUUUGACAGGUUUAAACUGUGUGUGUUUAUAAAAACAUCGAUUCAUAUCCGUGUAUGACACUUUUUGCUAGGGUUCUUUGUGUCGACAAUGGUUUGUUUUUCUCCGUCAGGAUCUCUUAUGGUGAUCGGAUCAUUUUAAAUGAAUGAUAGAGGUUUAGUCAUUCUGUUUAAAAGGACAGAAAUCUGGUUGUAGUGAUUAAGGGCGGACAGGAAGAGAUAGGCAGGAUUUCAACAUUUAGACAACAAGGAGUUUGGAAAGGAGAUGGGGAAUUGUCUGAAAUCUCCCACUUCGGAUGAUAUCUCCUUGCUCCACGAAUCACAGUCAGACAGGGCCAGUUUCGGUGACGCCAACGAUCCGGAUCAGGAACCGCCACCUCCGUAUCAGGAGCAGAUCCAUGUGCCGGUGUACCACCCCACUCCCAGCCAGGCCCGUCUGGCGACCCAACUGACUGAAGAGGAGCAGGUCCGGAUCGCUCAAAGGAUCGGCCUCAUCCAGCAUCUUCCCAAAGGUGUCUAUGAUCCAGGCAGUGAUGGCACUGAGAAGAAGAUUCGAGAGUGUGUGAUCUGCAUGAUGGACUUUGUGUACGGAGACCCCAUCCGGUUCCUCCCCUGCAUGCACAUCUACCACCUGGACUGCAUAGACGACUGGCUGAUGAGGUCCUUCACAUGUCCCUCCUGUAUGGAGCCUGUAGAUGCUGCCUUGCUCUCGUCCUACGAAACUAACUGACUACUGCCUGCACUGAUCCCCGCCCUACACACACACACACACAACCCUGUCCUCACACAGCCCCUUUGCAUAAAGAGCAAAACCGUCUGCUCGACUGGGGCGUGGGAUGGUUUGUCUGUGGCAUCAUUGGAUAAAGGAGGACCUGCGAGGCCACAGUGAUAAUUAAAACCCCUCCUGCAUUGUCCUGCUGGACAGGGAAAUCUGCAGGAGCCCUUUUGCACCCUGACGACUUUAUCAUGUGAUUCCUUUGUCUCUCUUCGACGACACCCAGACAAGCUGGUCACGCACCAUUCCACUGUAGCAACACUUACACUGGAAGGAGACGAACCUUUGAGAAAUGUACUGGAGGACUCUUAAAAACACAUCUUCAACAUUCAAUCUCUAUUUAUUUCUUCCUUUCUCAGUGUCUGUUUCCAUAAAGGGCUUUCUGCCGAAGCUGCAGUGGAGCAAAACAAAUGGCAUUGCACAUACACAUGCAAAGAAAGAAGAAAAAGUCUCCUCAUGAUUUUUGCACUUUUGACUCAAAGAAUUAAGCCCAACUGUACACACACACAUGCACAUACUCCCCCAUGUGCACACAGGAAUCAUCCCAUACAACUUUUAUUUAACCACAUGUUAGCUUUUGAGUUUGUAUGUUUGUUUACUUGUUUUAAACUACUCUGAACACUUCAGCUGCCCAGUUUGUGUCUCUGUCGGUUAUGAGCACCAAGUCUGAAUGGAUUUGUUGGAGCAAUUAAUUAAUUAAUAAAUUAAUUAAUAAUAAUAAAAAUAAAGUAAAUAUUUUAUAUAUAUAUAUAUAAUAUAUAUAUAUAUAUAUAUUAGUGCUGUCAAAUGAUUAAUCGUGAUUAAUCGCAUCCAAAAUAAGUUUGUUUACAUAAUGUGUGUGUAGUUUGUAUAUUUAUUAUGUGUAUUUAUUUAUAUUUAUAUAUAUAUAUAUAAUAUAAUAUAUAUAUAUAUAUAUAUAUAUAUAUAUAUAUAUAUAUAUAUAUAUACACACACACACACACACACAGUAUAUAUUAUGUAAACACACUUUUAUUUUGGUUUCGAUUAAUCAUUUGACAGCACUAAUAUAUAUAUAUAUAUAUAUAAUAUAUAUAUAUUCUGCAUUAAAAUGUCAAAAUAUUGACUGUCACAUGUUGGUCAAGCUGAAAUGUUUUGUUGAUUUUUGCUUUGUGAAUCAUGAUGUUUUUGUUUUUUUUUCUUUCCUUUACAUAGUUUUAAAAUCAUCAUUACUGUUAUUGUAGUAACACAACUGAAAAAAUGUAUUUACUGACAAAAAAACACUGAAGUCAUCAAAAGUCUGAAGGUGGCUUUGAGGUCAGCCUAGAGUGAUUAAUGCAACAUUAGGCCGUAGUGACUCACGAAAGUACACGUAUGAGUGUACAAAACUGCUCGAUAAUGAUAAUUUCACCUUCAUUGCUGGUGCACUUGUGUGUUUUGUUAACUUUAUUGUACAUAGUGCAAUGAUAUGUAUUUUAGUUGCUUUUAUUUGAAUUCUCAGUACCAGAUACUUUAAAAGAAGUCUUUAUGACAUCAUAAGGGACUCAUAAGCCUAAAAAAAAUAAACAUUUGAAUCUUUCAUGGAUUCAGCUAAGUAAA